CCCAGAUGGGGGAACCCCGAGCUGGGGGCCCCCUGGACGACGGCAGCGGCUGGACAGGCAGCGAGGAGGGCAGCGAGUCCGGCACCGGUGGCAGCGAGGGGGCUGGGGGAGAUGGGGGCCCAGAUGCUGAGGGUGUCUGGAGCCCAGACAUUGAGCAAAGUUUCCAGGAGGCCCUGGCCAUUUAUCCCCCCUGUGGCCGCCGGAAAAUCAUCCUGUCAGACGAAGGCAAGAUGUAUGGUCGGAAUGAACUGAUUGCCCGCUACAUCAAGCUGAGAACAGGGAAAACCCGCACCCGAAAACAGGUCUCCAGCCACAUCCAGGUCUUGGCUCGAAGGAAAUCAAGGGAGAUCCAGUCUAAACUGAAGGCCCUGAAUGUGGAUCAGGUCUGUAAGGACAAGGCUUUCCAGACCAUGGCUACGAUGUCCUCCGCACAGCUCAUCUCAGCACCUUCCCUUCAGGCCAAACUGGGUCCGGCCGGCCCCCAGGCCACUGAGCUUUUCCAGUUUUGGUCAGGGAGUUCUGGACCACCCUGGAAUGUUCCAGAUGUGAAGCCAUUCUCACAGACAGCAUUCUCCCUGUCACUGACGCCCCCAUCUACUGAUCUUCCAGGGUACGAGCCCCCCCAAGCCCUCUCACCCCUGCCCCCACCUGCUCCAUCACCGCCAGCCUGGCAGGCUCGGGCCCUGGGCACUGCCCGAUUGCAGCUGGUGGAAUUCUCUGCUUUUGUGGAACCCCCGGAUGCAGUGGACUCUUACCAGAGGCACCUAUUCGUUCACAUCAGCCAGCACUGUCCCAGCCCGGGAGCGCCGCCACUGGAGAGUGUGGAUGUCCGGCAGAUCUAUGACAAAUUCCCUGAGAAAAAGGGCGGGCUGCGGGAGCUGUAUGACCGCGGGCCUCCCCAGGCCUUUUUCCUGGUCAAGUUUUGGGUAAGUUCUGGCAGUUCGGCAGAAAUCUGGCGUGCUCUGUGGGACUGGGUGUUGGGCCAAUAG